AUGGGCCUCACCUUCUUCUUCUCCCUCUUCUCCCAUCUCUUUGGCAGGAAGCAGAUGUGUACUUUGAUGGCUGGAUUGGAUGCUGCUGGCAAGAUGACCACUCUGUAUAAACUGAAGUUAGGAGAGAUAGUCACCACCGUUCCUACCGCUGGUUUUAAUGUGGAAACAGCAGGAUAUAAGAACAUUUGUUUCACAGUAUGGGAUGUUGAUGGUCAAGAUAAAAUUAGGCCUCUCUGGAGGCAUUACUUCCAAAAUACCCAGGGUCUUAUUCUUGUGGUAGAUAGCACUGAUCGUGAAAGGAUUCAGGAAGGAGCAGAAGAGCUGCAGAAAAUGCUUCAGGAGGAUGAGUUGCGAGAUGCAGCGUUGCUGCUUUUUGCAAACAAACAGGAUUUGCCAAAUGCUGCGGCCAUUAGGGAAAUGACGGGUAAAUUAGGUCUUCAGUCUCUUCGUAACAGAACAUGGUAUGUUCAAGCCACUUGUGCUACACAAGGAACCGGUCUGCAUGAGGGACUUGACUGGCUGUCAAAUGAGCUUUCAAAACGUUAAAUGAAACU